CUGCUCUGCUCUGGUCUGUUCUUAACCACCGCCCCCAUUCUUUUUAUUAUUCUGAUUCUUUCGGUUUCUCCUACCUUUUUCUCUUCUAUUCUCACUAUCACGAAAAAUGCUCAGAAUCAACCGCAAGCUCGCUGCCAGCACGGCCCUGCGCUCCGCCUCGGCCAGGCUCUACAGCGGCAUCCGGGUGCCCCAACUGGCCACUUUCCGGCUUCCCGAAAUCAAAAACGAGCCCACAAAGGACUACACGCCGGGCAGCGCCGAGCAAGAGCAACUCAUGGCCGCCGUCGCCGAGCUCAGCUCCAAGACCCACCACAUUCCACUGGUGAUCAACGGCCGCGAAGUGCGCACAGGCUCAGUGCAAGAGCAAGUCAACCCAAGCAAAAAAUCACAAGUGCUCUGCACUUACGAGAACGCCGGCACCAGGGAAAUCGCCGAGGCCAUCGAGGGCGCUCUGGCAGCCAAAAGCAAAUGGGAGUCCAUGCCCAUUUACGACCGACAGGCUAUUUUCUUGCGCGCCGCCGAUCUCCUGGCCACCAAGCAUCGCUACCGCCUGAUGGCUGCGUCGAUGCUCGGCCAGGGAAAGAACAUCUGGCAGGCAGAGAUCGACGCCGCCACGGAGACCGUGGACUUUUUGCGCUUCAACGUAAAGUACUCGUCGGAGAUCUACGCCCAGCAGCCGCCGUUCAGCAGCCCGGGCGUGUGGAACCGCGUCGAGUACCGCCCCCUGGAGGGCUUCGUCUACGCCGUGUCCCCCUUUAACUUUACAGCCAUCGGCGUCAAUCUGGCCGCAGCCCCCGCCCUGAUGGGCAACACGGUUCUGUGGAAGCCCUCUAAUGGCGCCGUCCUGUCCAACUACGUCGCCUAUGAUAUUAUGCGCGAGGCCGGAGUCCCCGACGGCGUUAUCCAGUUUGUGCCCGGUGAGCCUGCCGCCAUGACCAAACAGGUGUUUGAGCACAAGGAUUUCGCCUCUCUGCAUUUCACUGGCAGCACAUUUCUACCCGCGCAUCGUGGCGAGACCGGUGGCAAGAACUAUCACCUGGUGCAUCCAUCGGCCAACCUGGAGCACGCUGUCAACAGCACUAUCCGCGGUGCAUUCGAGUUCCAAGGUCAAAAAUGCUCGGCAUGCUCGCGUCUCUAUGUGGCUCGCAGUAUGUGGCCCGAGUUCCGCCAGCAACUUGUCUCCGGCACCGAGUCGAUCAAGCAGGGGCCCAUCACCGAUCCCACCAACUUCAUGGGCCCCGUCAUUAACCAGGCGGCCUACGACAAAAUCACAAACUUUAUCGAGUACGCGCGCAACUCUGAUGACUGCGAGAUCAUUGCCGGCGGGCAAUUCAGCGAUUCUGAGGGUUUCUAUAUCCGCCCCACUAUUGUUUUAACCACGGAUCCGCACAACAAGCUGAUGAAGGAUGAGAUCUUUGGCCCUGUCCUCACCGUCCACGUAUACGAGGAUGCGCAGUUCGAGGAUAUCAUUGAGACCAUUGGUGAGACCACGCCCACUAGGUUGUUACACACGGCAGGUAACUUUUACAUUAACGAUAAGUGCACGGGAGCCGUUGUUGGACAACACCCUUUGCCCGCACUGCUUCAGAGAUUCGUCUCGGCGCGCUCGAUCAAGGAGAAUAUGAUCCCGAUCUCGGGCUUCACUUAUCCUCGAACAACUGAAUAGUGUGUGUUUUUGAUUUCGAGUUUCUUUCUUGUGUCAAAUAAUUAUAUUUAUAACGAACCAAAUAAACAAUAAAUAUUGGAG